CCGGGGCGGGGACAGGGCGGGAGAACCGGUCGGGCUGCCGGGUGCCAGCUUCUCACCAGUCAGGCCUGUGCCUCAGGCCGGUGCGGCUGCUUGGUGGGGCAGGAGCUGGGGCCGCCAGGCCUCCAUCAGAAGUGCCCCACCUGGCCGCCAUGCACAAACAGUACACAGCCCACUUUGCCAAGGGCAGUGGGAUCCCCACGGAGCGCUACUUCCUGGACCCAGAGUUGGGGCAGCAAAAAGGACGCUGCCUGAAAUGGUGCCACGACCCUGCAGCCCCUCGCACUCACAGGCCCAGCCGCCCACCCUCCCAGGCAUGCUGGCAGCUGGCCUCUAGUGGCCAGAGGGGGGGUGGCUGCCACCGGGGGCCUCAACACCCCCAGCCUCGCCUCCAACGGCAGCAGCGGCAGCCCCCGGCUCCCCUACGACAGCGCCUCUGUCCCGUCCACCAGGCCCAAAGGGGGCGGCCUGUUACCACCGCUGUCCCCCUGGGACCAGCCAGCGCCCCCCAGCCGCCCCCCGUGUCCACUGUGGCCAGCAGCGGCCCAGCCCACCCCUCGGCCACCAGCGUCCUACUGGAGCCCAGCCUGCCCACCGAUGCACGGCCCCUGCCAGCCCCAGCCGCCUGCGGCUCCUUCACCUACAGCUCUGACAUCCUGACCGAGGAUGAUGUCUACUGCAGCUGCCUGGCCAAGACCCUCUGCCACGUGCCCGUGCCGGUGACCGUGGGCUUCUACGCCCCCUUCGGCUGCCGCCUGCACUUGAUGCUGGACAAGAUCACGGCGCUGAUGCAGCAGGAGGCAGCGCAGCGCGAGGCCGAGGAGCUGCAGCGCGUGCAGUGGCGGCCGCGCUCCGUGCACGGCUGGAGCUUCCCGCGCCUGCUGUGGUACCUGGUGUUCCUGCAGCCCAUCAUCACCGAGCUGCACCUGCGGCGCAAGAACGUCAAGUUCCUCUUCAUCCGCUUCAGCGCCUGGCAGUACGCGGGCACCGACAAGCUGUGGGCCGGCCUGGUGACCACGCUGUGCGAAGGCAUCCGCCACCAGUACGGCGCGCUGCCCUUCAGCGUGUACUCGGUGCUGGGCAACAAGCCGGCCACCACGCCGACGGGCUGCUGCGAGCGCGAGUGGCACUGCCGGCGCCGCGUGUGCCUGGCGCUGCUGGCGCUGCUGGCGGCGCUCGGCCUGGGCGUGGGGCUGCUCUAUCUGUCGGUGGGCGCCCGCGCCCCGGGCCACGGCGGACACCUGCUGCGCGUGUUGGGCGGCGCGGCCACCACGCUGUCGGGCUCGGGGCUGCUCAUGGCCGUGUACUCGGUGGGCAAGCACCUGUUCGUGAGCCAGCGCAAGAAGAUCGAGCGGCUGGUGUCGCGCGAGAAGUUCGGCAGCCAGCUGGGCUUCAUGUGCGAGGUGAAGAAGGAGGUGGAGCUGCUCACCGACUUCCUCUGCUUCCUGGAGAUCUACCAGCGGCGCCGGCUGCGCGUGGUGCUCGAGGUCACCGGGCUGGACACGUGCUACCCCGAGCGCGUGGUGGGCGUGCUCAACGCCAUCAACACGCUGCUGUCCGACAGCCACGCGCCCUUCAUCUUCAUCCUGGUGGUGGACCCCAGCAUCCUGGCCGCCUGCCUGGAGAGCGCGGGCUCCAUGAAGGGCACGGCCGACAACGGCUACCUCUUCCUCAACCGUACCGUCACGCUGCCCUUCUCCGUGCCCAUCAUGGGCCGCCGCACCAAGCUGCAGUUCCUGCACGACGCCGUGCAGAGCCGCGACGACCUGCUGCUCUUCCGCGAGGCGGCGCGCCAGCUGCGGGCGGGGAGCGCGCUGGGGGCGGGCGAGGGCGCGCAGCUGCUGGCGGUGGAGACGCAGGCGGGGUCUGCGCAGGCGCAGGGCGGCGUGGAGGCCGAGGCGGCGCACCGCAUCCGGGAGGCGCUCUUCUGCCUGCACGACGAGCGCGACUGCCUGUACGAGUACGUGCCGGACAACGUGGUGUCCAUGCGGCGCAUCGUCAACACCGUGCCGGUCACCGUGCGCCUGCUGCAGCAGCAGCGGCUGCAGGGCGACGCCGAGGGCCCCACGCCGCGCCAGGCCGUGGCCUGGGUGGUGCUCGCCAACCAGUGGCCGUGCCGCCUCAGCUGGGUGCUGCAGUGCCUGGAGGACCGGCAGCAGGCGGGCGGCGCCCCCGAGGCCCGCGCGCGCCUCUGGGACGUGUUCUGCGACAACAGCCGCGAGCUGCACGGCAUGACCAAGGCGCUGCAGAACGUGCUCGACCUGGACGGCGACCCCGAGCUGUUCGAGCGCUUCCUGGGCGCCGACUUCCCCUUCACCGUGGCCGAGGCGCAGAGUCUGCUGCGCUGCACCGUCAACCUGGACCACUCGAUCCGCCGCCGCAUGGGGCUCAUCCGCGCCAUCAGCGCGCUCAAGCCGCCCAGCCCGCCCAAGUCCCCGGCCCAGGACGCGCCCCGGGCCGCCAACGGGAGCGCUCAGCCCGCGGGCCGGCCCCCCAGACAGGACAGCCCAGCCCAGCGGGUUCGGGACUGGACGAGCUGGGGCAAGCCGAAGCCCGUGGCCUGAGCGCCCUUCCAGGGGCAGCCCAGCCUAGCCCAGGGCGGCCUUGCUUGGCCGGGGAAGCUGGGGCGGCAGGUCCGUCUGUCUAGAUGUUGAGUGUGAGCCCGCCCCCCCCGGGGGGGGG